AAAGGGAUUUCCUGAGCUCCGUUCCUGGUUUACUACUAAGCCUUAGGAGAAGAGAGAUCAGUUCUUGACACCCACCACUCCCCUCCCAAAAAAAAGAAGAAGAAGAAGAAAGAGAGAAAAAGAUGGAGUCUUCUUGGCCUGAGAAUUUACCCUCACAUAGAAAGAAGGUAAUCGAUGAGCUACUUAGAGGUCAAGAAAUUGCAAAAAAACUUAAAUUUGUAAUGAGUAAAUCCACAGGGGAUGAUGGGUCUAUGUCUGCUGAGAAUCUUGUCAGGGAAAUCAUGAAUUCUUUCAACAGUACUCUUUCUAUAUUGAAUGGAGGUGGGUAUGAUGACGAUGUCUCUCAAACUCCAGCAACUACAAAAGUGUGUUCACCUCUUUGGGAUGGCCGCAAGUCAUCAGAGGAUUCCGGGGAGAGUAGCAAGAGCACUGCCACUGUGAAGGUUAAGGACAGGAGAGGAUGCUACAAGAGAAGAAGAAGCUCUCACUCAUGGACAAAUGAGACCUCCACUCUAACCGACGAUGGCCAUGCAUGGAGAAAAUAUGGACAGAAAAUGAUCCUUAAUGCCAAAUUUCCAAGGAACUACUACAGGUGCACCCACAAGUUCGACCAACAUUGCCAAGCAACCAAGCAAGUGCAGAGAGUCGAAGAAGAACCCCCUUUAUACCGCACAACAUAUCACGGAUAUCACACAUGCAAGAACUUGCUGAAGGCUUCUGAUCAAUUUGUCUUGGACCCGAUUGAUCACUUCCACACAGAUUCUUCCACUCUUAUGAGCUUCAACAACAGCAGCAAUCACCACCAGAUGAUGACAAACAAACAAAACCACCCAUUCUUUACCACAUCCUUCCAAUCAAUAAAACAGGAAUAUUACAACAAGGAGGACAAUGACAUGCCAGGUUAUGAUCCAACGAUCCACAAUAACCAAGCAUUAUCCUCCGAUUAUCUCUUGCCAACUGACGACCAUGAUCGCAUCUCUACUUUUGAUCAUGGAGAUCUGAUUUCUGGGGUCAACUCAUCUUGCACCACCAGUUCACAUAGCUUAGACAUUGAUAGCAUCAUGGCGGAAUCUGUUGGUUUCGGUGACGGCGGUGAUGUUUUAGGAUUUGAAUUUUGUGGAUAAUUUCGGUGCAUAAUUAUAUAUAUUGCAGCCUCUUUGUAUUUUCCAUGUACAAAUUAAGAUCAGCACUAGAACGUACGAACCAUGUAGCUGUACUGUAUCAUAGAAGUUGAAUAUCUUUCUUGUGUAGUUGAAAUUUGCCUUGAAAUUAAGAAAAUAAUCGGGGCCAGUACUUUUCAGUCUC